AUGGCACCCAAGGCCGCUGACAAGAAGCCCGCCUCCAAGGCCCCGGCUACCGCUUCCAAGGCCCCCGAGAAGAAGGAUGCCGGCAAGAAGACUGCGCCUUCGGGCGACAAGAAGAAGCGGACCAAGGCCCGCAAGGAGACUUACUCUUCUUACAUCUACAAGGUCCUGAAGCAGGUCCACCCCGACACUGGUAUCUCCAACCGUGCCAUGUCUAUCUUGAACUCAUUCGUCAACGACAUUUUCGAGCGUGUCGCUACUGAGGCUUCCAAGCUCGCUGCCUACAACAAGAAGUCCACCAUCUCCUCGCGCGAGAUCCAGACAUCCGUCCGUCUCAUCCUCCCUGGCGAACUGGCCAAGCACGCCGUGUCGGAAGGCACCAAGGCCGUCACCAAGUACUCGUCCAGCACGAAAUAG